AUGCUGAUGGGAUUUUCCCUAAUAUCAGUUACUUAUGGCGCUAUUCACUGCAAUAUACUGGCCAUGCAGGUCAAGUAUGAUGAGACUGAUAUUAAGCUACAUCUAAUGGAAUUAAUCUGCAUCAUGAUCUGGCGUUGUUUGGAGAUUACCUCACGUGUAGUGAUUCUGGUACUUUUUAUUGGAGCUCUGAAACUGAAGAGCAUGCCCCUUAUAAUUGUCUCGUUUUUAAUAUCACUGCUUAUACCAUGGGUGGAGUUUUUGAUAAAUGGAGCUCAUCUUCCUAAAAACAUUAACCAAAUUGUCAGUCCAAUGGGUAGAAUACUGAUACUUAUUGUGAUCACUGCACUAAAUGCUGCAAUCAACUUAUUUUGCUGGUCAGGAGUGAAGCUACAAUUGUCAAGUGAGAAAUUAAUUGAUAAGAAACACAUAAUAACUCAUAGAAUCCUUCACUACGGCAUUCGGCUAAUAGAAAAUGUAAUAAUGGUAUUGAUGUUUAAGUUUAGUGGAGAGAAAUCUUUAUUGAAUUGCUGUGACUCAUUAAUUGCCACGCACCUCAUUACAGUUUACUUAUUAUCAAUGGGUUUUAUGCUUCUCUUCUACCAUUAUUUGUAUCCAGGGUGGUCAGAUGAUUCAUCACUAGAAGAAAUAGAAAUGCGACGUAUACCAAUAUGA